UACAACGUACUACAUAUAAAUAUUUCAAAACAUCAAUUUAUUUUUAAAAGUAGAGACAAUUUAAUACUCUUUGAAAAUGCCGCGCAAGAGGCCCACAUUCAAGACCGAUGUCAUCGGCAAAAUGGAUCUCAAACCGGAACAUGCUGUGGGCGAUUACAUUCAAUCGUGCCAGCAGGAACAGUUCUUCGUCAAACCCCCGAAUUGGGACUCGCCUGGGGAUUCUAUUGAGAUGUUGUUUAUUUCCAAUCAGCGAGAGCACGAGCAAAUGCGCGUUAUGCAGAGAGAUAUGCACAAAAAUGCGAAACGCCAGACCGAGAUCAACUGCACGCGUAUACAGAGACUUUACAAGAUUCAAGAUCGGUUGCGGAAGCGAUUCAUUGAGGUCAACAGCUUUAUAAAAGAAUGCGCUGACAAGAAACGCAGUGCCGAGAAGAUUAUUCAGCAUGAGAACGAUGUGCACUCGGAACUAUCGAAGGAAAUCGAUGAUAUGAAUGCGUCCCUGAAAGAGCUGAAAAUAUUUCGCAAGGAUCUGAAGUCAACAGUUAAGGAAUUCGAGCCCUAUGAGCGCGUGCUGGAUGAUGUUGUGCAGGUGUCCGACAUAUUUGAGUCUCCAAAAGAUUGCAUGGAUCGCUGCGAUGCACUCAUGCUCGCCCAAGUUGAAAUCAACAAACUGGAAAUACAAAAGAUACAAGAAAUUGAGGAAAUGCGCAAAACUAUGCUAAAAGUCACCAACGAAGCAGCCCUAACUGUUUUGGGUCUUAAGAAUGAUUUGGCCAAACUGGAGCGUUCGUAUAAUCAGUCGCGCACCAUUAGUCUGAGGAGGGAAAAGGUGCUGACCACCUGCAAGACUGCAAUCACUACGAAUAAUCUGGACAAGGAGCGAACCUUGGACGGCAUACAAAUUUUGUAUCAUAUGUUGUGCAAGCGACGCGAUAUAAAUCCUAGCUUUAGCCGUCGCGAUGUAGAAAAGUGCUUGAACUUUAUAAAACGUGAAGUUGAAAUUUUUCACGCAGUUCUGCGAGAGUCUGACAAACCAGGAAAGCGAUCUUUAAAAGGUCCACCUUGUUAAAGUCUCUGAUUAUUGUUCUGUCAAUGGACUUUACAUAAUUCUGUUUUGCAAUUUUUAUACUUAAACAGAUUUAAUAUAUAAUUAGGAUCUUAUCAACAUA